CAGACAGUCUUCUUUGCACUGUUGCAGCUCUGAGCUGAGCUCUUGUGAGUCGUCAGCCAUCAUCUUCUACCUACCAGCCGGCUCCUUCCUUCUGCCUGAAAAGCCUUCAGAUCCAAGGUUCCAAGAUUACAAUUCUCUCACCCGCUUUCUCCCCGCCCCUCCAAUCGCAGUUCGCAAUGGCUCCAAGGGUAGCCCUCGCGGCGCUCUUUGGUCUGUCCGCCAUUGCUCUCUGCGCCGCUGCGUGCGUCCCCCGGGAACCGCACGUGGAUUGCAACUUCCACAGCCUGUCUUCCCCCCAAUGGCCGCUUCUUGCCAGCCAAUCAGCACAACUUUCAGCCGUCUGGAAGUCGGUUGUGGCUAAGACUCCUGAGUUCCCAACAGGCCGCUUCUCAGGUCGGGGGUUGGUGAUAACGGCGACUACACUGGAUCUGGUGAAUGUGCCGACCAUCCUGGAGACGCUCCAGUCUGAAGGCUUCAACCUUCCUGUUGAGAUCUGGUACUCGGGUGAGGUCAGCGCUGAUGUUAUCGCCACCCUGUCGAGCACCUACCGGAAGCUGGUGAUCCGCAAUGUAGCCAACUAUGCCAGUGCGAAGGACCUCACGAGCACUGUCACCAGCCAGGGAGAGCGCGUGUUCCAGGCUAAGCCCCUGGCCAUCAUCAACUCUGCCUUUGAGGAGGUCCUCUUCCUUGAUGCUGACAACGUCCCCCUGUCCAACCCCGCCGCCCUCUUCUCUUCUCCCGAGUACCUUGCCACCGGAGCCCUCUUCUGGCCCGACUUCUGGCAAACAGCAUCCUCCAACCCCAUCUGGUCCAUUCUGGAGGUUGCUGCCCAGGGCUGGGAGCAGGAGUCUGGCCAGAUGGUGGUCAACAAGCGCCGCUCUUGGGCCGCUCUCAACCUCGCAUUCUUCCUUGCCAAGGAUGCGACCUUCCAGCAGCUGGUGAACGGAGACAAGGAGGCAUUCCGGCUCGCGUUCCUCGCGACUGGCACCCCCUUCUUCAUGGUGGAGACGCCAGUGGCGGCAGCUGGGUCAGAGACUGAGACCGGGAGCUUCUGCGGGCACACCAUGGUGCAGCACGAUGUCGAGGGAUCUCCCCUCUUCUUGCACCACAACUCCAUCAAGCACGGUGCUGACAUCAAGUGGCAGGUCAUGAAGUCUGUGGCUGCUGGCAAGAGCUUCUCUGUGGUGCCCCUCCCCCCCGCCACCAUCAACCACGAGCCCGUCUCCUGCGUUGACCUGACCGGUGCUGACGUUAUUGUGACGCCCGUUCCUUUCACCACCUUCGAGGUGGCCUUCAGCCAGCGUCAGGCGGCCGCCCACCCUGCCCUUAAGCGCGUCUCCCGGAAUGAGUUUACGCACGCAGUUCAGGCGACCAUGAGGAAGCUGCUCCAGGGCAACAUCACCACUGUUCCCGCUAAUCCUGACGGCUCCUGCCCAAGCGAUGCUAACUACUGCUACUCCACUGGCGGCAAAUACGUGGCGGUGUCGACUCUGGCGCCACCCCCAUUGGGACCACCCCCUCUCCCUCAGCGCUGUUGGCCGGUGUUUCUCCUACUGUGGAUGGAACCUGUACCAAUCCGGAUUUCAACCAACCGUGCUACCCCGCGGGUGGUAGCGGUCCCGCUGUCUGCUGCCCGAGUGCGUUCUACCAGUGCGGGGGAACCGACGGCCCCAAUCCCUUCUGCCAACCCGUCUAAGUAUCCAGCUAGACAAGGUCGUUGUCGGUCGCCGCGGUGUCGCCCGUUUUCCCAUCAGGCGGCAGCCAAUAAACUUCAGAGUAGUCCGUUGCGGACCGGCAACUAACGCCAACAGAAAAGUCGAGAUGCCAGCCUUUUAGACUAGAGAGGAUGGUAUUUCAAGACCCUAGACCGCUGUCAGUUCUCUCACUGACGCUCAACAAUAAGGCUCUGCCAGUCCUUGGAUUGCCCUUGUGUAGAUCCUGACAGGACAUUGAACCACAAGCUAGUGGACUUCAGCGCGCGCCGCUCGCGAACAAAUAAGAGGCUCCCGCCGGAACAACUAUUGCUCGAAUACCAAUAGCCGGCCUGUAAAGAGUGAUAGCCCGAGCUUUGUGCGCGCGCAAACAGCUAGUCGUCACUGUUCUUAGCGACAAAGCUAAGCCAUCAGCGAGAAACUUCACUUCCGAGUACAGAUUCUCCAACUCGAGUCUAAACAGUUGAUUACUUGUGUUCAAAUUCUUUGAGGUAUAGGAACUGAGAUCGACAUUUGCCUUACAAAUCCUGAAUUUUGCUAACGUUGCUAGCAAUACUUUAGGUAGGCAAGCUACGUUAGUGUAGCUAGUGGAGCAGCUUCCCAUCCUGACAACCUUCCUUGUAAAUCAGCAACCAUCCAGCUGGCUGAAGGGCAGUGACAUACACAAAAACUUAAGUUAUCAUUCGACAAAGAGACUAGAUAGAUCUGAGCUCGGCUCAAACGUUGUAAUAAUUUAUCUGAUCACAGGGUCAGUUCUUCUCUGCCUCUGUCUCUCUUACUAACAGGGCCAUGUGCUCGCAUCACUGCAUGCUCUCUAAAGAGUCUGUCUGCAACAUGAAGCCCCCCA